AUGUUUACUGUUUUCCACAGUGAGGAUGCGUUACCCAAGGAGAGAAAAGAGGUGGAGUUCUUCGGUGAGGAGAAGGCUUCAGAUAGAGUAGAAGAGUUCAACCCGGAGAGGAGAUGGCCAAGAGGGUACAUUGUACCUGAGAAGGAGGCUAUUUCCAGAGGGAAGAAGGAGGGAGAGGAAGGACUGGCAUUGGCAAUGAAGCCUAAGCAAAGUCUUUAG